AUGCGUCGGGCGGCUGUUCAGGCAUUCCGUACUGCUCGGCGUGCUCCAGUAUGGAAAGUCACCAGUAAGCGGCCGUGCUCGCUCACCUACACUCACAACUCGGUCCGAGGCUUGCGGUCAUAUUCGGGAGGCCGACGCCCAUCAUUAGCUCCGGCGUCUCUUCAGUCCUCCAUGCAUCUCCGCAGGUUCUCCCUCGCCGUUAUUUCAACCGUGGUUGCUUCCGGGGCGUGGUAUGCGUAUCGAGGGGACGGCACCGUGCAGUCACUAGCCACGCAGGUUCGAGGAUUCGCCUCGAGCGCUAUCACAUCAGCUCACGCCGAAGACCCGUCGGAGUCGACCCGCCGUGCCCUUUUAGUCAGCAACGAUCAAUUCUACACUGCUACGCUCUCCGGAGACCAGCCAUUAUCGAAGAACACAGACGACUCGGACCGACGCGUUCUGGAAAUGUUGACACCGGAACAAGCUACGGAGAAGCUCCGCAAGAAUGAGGAGUCAUACCUGGUGAACCGCGGCAAGGGUGUGGUGCGAUAUGAUAUUGUUCAAGUGCCUAGCAACUCCCCUAUUGAAGACGACCAUGCCGAGAAGAUUGUCGAGGUGUCAUCAUCGACGGCGGCCAAUACAAAUGGGGAGCCGAAUGAUUGGAUGUUCUGGGCAGUCUUUGACGGUCAUUCGGGCUGGACAACAUCCGCCAAGUUACGAAAUGUGCUGAUUUCCUACGUUGCGCGAGAGCUUAACGCUACCUAUAAGGCGGCUGCGGCCGAUCCUGCGGUUCUUGUGCCGUCUUCCGAGGCAAUUGACCAGGCGAUCAAGCAGGGCUUUGUUCGUCUUGAUAACGACAUUGUGCACGAGAGUGUGGACAAGGUACUAAAGUCCAAGUCGCGUCGUAUGGCUGCUGAGCUCCUUGCGCCUGCUCUCUCGGGAUCUUGUGCUCUCCUGAGCUUCUACGAUUCACAAUCAAAAGAUCUAAAGGUCGCUGUUGCCGGUGACUCUCGCGCCGUCCUCGGCCGCAGAGGCUCUAAUGGAAAAUGGACCGCCACUGCCCUGUCUGAGGAUCUUACAGGCGGUACUCCUUCUGAAGUCAAGCGUCUCCGGGAGGAGCACCCUGGCGAGCCUAAUGUUACCCGGAAUGGCCGUAUUCUGGGCGGUCUGGAGCCUAGCCGUGCUUUCGGUGAUGCCUUCUACAAAUGGAGCAGGGAAGUCCAAGACAAGAUCAAACAGCAGUUCUUCGGCCGGACGCCUCACCCCCUUCUCAAGACUCCUCCUUAUGUCACCGCUGAGCCCAUCAUCACCACCACCAAGAUUGACCCAUCCAAAGGCGACUUCAUCGUGAUGGCCACGGACGGUCUCUGGGAGAUGCUGAGCAAUGAGGAGGUCGUUGGCUUGGUUGGUCAGUGGCUUGAACAACAACAGUCUGGUAACGGUGGAUCCAAGGCCUGGCUGCAAAGCUGGUUCAGUUUCGACAGCCAGAAGCAAUUGCCCGUGGAGCCGGCUAAGGAUCAAUCCACUGAAGGCCAGCGCCGCCCCAUCCGCCAGCAGCAAUAUGAUAUCUCUGGUGCGGCCAGCCGAUUCGUUGUCGAGGAUAAGAAUGCCGCGACUCACCUUGUCCGUAACGCCAUGGGCGGAAAGGACAAGGAUAUGGUUUGUGCUUUGUUGACGCUGCCAGCCCCCUACUCUCGCCGAUACCGUGAUGAUGUUACCGUCGAGGUUAUCUUCUUCGGCCAGGGUCCUGACUCCCGUACUGGUACAGUGGAGAUCAACAAGGAGGCUAGCGCUUCGGAAGAGCCUCCCAAGGCUAAACUGUAA